AUGAAGUACACGUCUGCCUGUCCAAACAAUGGUCUGACCAAAGCACCCAGUUCCGAUCUGUUAUUCUGGGCCCAACUUUUUCUCCCGGAAUCCGUCGAACUAGAUCCGAACAAAUUGAUCGAUGGCACAUUUCUCGGAGAAGUUUUUCAACAAAUUGACGGUCGAACUCCGGUCGGGAAUGAAUUGUGCCAAAGUCCGGAAACAGUCAAAGCUCGACUGGGCAAUUGGCAUUAUGUGCUACGAAAUCUCCGUAACUACUAUCUGAAUCGUCGUCUGUUGCACAAGAAUAUCUCUGUCAAACGGAAAACUCCUUAUUGCUAUUUGAAAUUUCUUUUCUUCACAUUCCCGUUGACCGGUGUCCACAGCUCCACAGCCCCGGAAGUUCGUCGAGUUGAAAGUAUUGCGAGUUCAUCCGUACAUUUAGCGCGCAGGAGACUGUGCACGCAUCAUGUAGGUUAA